AUGGCAGAAGACGACAUCGCCAACGCCAAGUUCCAGUGCCAUUCGUUCCUGGAGGGACUUCUUCAGGACGAUGAAGAAAUUGAAGACUUCCGGCGAGUCAGUCUAGAGUCCAAACCAUCGGCGACGGGCGCUGGACACGGAGACGAUUCGCUGGAAAGCGUCAUUGCACUGGAUGACGGAACACCGGACGAUGGUGUCCAAGGCGUCGAAGCGGACGCGGCCGUGCUACGUGGAGCACCACAGAGGUGCUGCUGCGGUGACCGCAGGGGUUUCAACAUGCGAGACGCACUGCGGGAUGAAACCAGUGGUGUCCUUGUGGCAACAGGAGGACGAUUCCCGUGUCUUCACAUCGGAGUCAGCGGACUUCGGCAGAACAGGAGAUACCUGCUCGCCCUCGACUUCUGUCAGAUCGCCAGCGACGUGGACCUACGGUUUCUGGAGUUCACCGAGCCGUACUACAUGCCCCGGCCAAACCACCUCGAGGGACGGCAGUGGAUGGACGGCGUUCUCUACUUCAACCUCACGUCCAUCGCCAACGGGGGCCUUCAAGAAAGCGCCAUGACCCUGAAAGUGAACUGCGAAUACGAGCCGACGCUGCGCAUCCUCGAACAGAGGGACGACCACUUACUCUCGGGCACGUCGGCCAUUCGCUUCACCCUGAAGGGAAGCGAGUUCUUGGUGGUUUCCCUCACGAGUGAGGUUCGUGUCAAUAAGGACGCGUUGUCGAGGGAGUUUCUGCUUGUGCGCAAGUCUGAGAUGACCAGGGGCAAGUUCUCCCCCCAGUUUUACCGCAGCCCACCAUCCAGAAACCUCCUCGACCAGUUCUCCAGAGUCACGGUCGGGCAGGCGAUCCCCCAACAAUACGGGGAACAACGACGCUCCAGCCACAGAGACUACCGCACCCAGAACCUGGCAGCGUCGGGAGUCUUGCGAACCGGGUAUCCUGACACCAUUCCGAUCCCCGGCUCGCACGUUCGACUCCACGCUUUCGGCAAACCACCGACCGACGUCUUCUCUGGCGGCCCCUGGAAGUCGAUGCCAACCGCUCCGGCGACGGUUCAGCCGACUGUUCAGCAGUCUAGUCAGCAGUCAGUUCAGCCGCCCAUUCCGCGUCCACUAUGGCAGCCUCAGGGGGCGCCAAGACCCAGCUGCAUGCCUACGAGCGGUCAUCUGGAGCUGAGUGCCCUGUUCCAGAGGCUGCAAAACUCGGCAGCCAGACCGCUCCCGGAGCCAUGUUUCCCCAGCCGCAGCAUUGUCAUACCAGGCGAAACCAGACCGUCGGUGCCGCCAUUCGCGUCCCAGCCGCAAGAAGCUGACUGGUCGAGCCGCGGUUCAGCAGUUCCGCCCAUGCUGAGGGUCAACUACGACGUUGUGCCCAGCAACUACCUUCACUGGGUGGCACUGGCCAGGAGCAACCUUGCCAGACCAGUCGUGGAUCAGAGCCAGUCUCAGCUGCAGCUCCAGCAUCUUCAGCAGCUUCAGCUCCUUCAUCAGCAGCAACAGCAAGAACGGCAACAGACGAGGCAGGACAUGGGAACGCAAGUGGGUCUACAGGCUGCUGCGUCGGACGAAACUGACGCAGAGGACAGCGGAGCUGGCGCGUCUGGACACUCUGGGACCUAUUUUUCACCUUAA